AUGGAGUGUGCUAUAUGCUCUGCCGUUUUCCCCUCUCAUGGACAACCAACAUGCAUAUCUUGUGCUCGAUCACUGGUGUACCAAGCUCGACUGGACAGACUGGCAGAUUUGCUCAAUAUCGAGAGCCUUAGCAAACAGGUUCACUCUGUCAUCUCACCGCUCUCAGGCUUCUCGUCAUCAUGUUCGCCUUCCAACUCGCAGGUGGUAGAUAUCACAGAGAGUGCAAAGAAGCAUGUCCAUGCCCAUAUCUUACGAGAGAGCCAAGCUACUCACUUGCGCUGCACCAUCAUCAAUGAGCAGAUCAAUCUUCUCAGAAAGCAGAUGGAACAAGCCCGGAGAGACAAUGCCUUACGCCACCUUGAUAUCAAGCAGCGACACGCCGAGAUCAAACGCGAGCGGACCGAGAUGACUAGCCGUGUGCCUCAGUUACUCGAACCACUUCAUGCAACUAUCCGCCGGAGCCAACGUAGACUUGACAAAGUGCAAGCACGCACCCUCGAGGGUAGGACCAAACUGUGUCAAGAGACGGCAAGGUUGGCGGGACUGCAGCAGAAAAGACGGCGCAUGCCAGACGGCAGUAUCGUGCACGACUACGCUAUCGGUGGCAUCUCCAUCCUCGAUUUGCGCCAAAUCAACUCUGCACAGCCUCAACUCAUCAAUGCUGCUCUGGCCAAUAUAUGCCGUCUAUUGAUCACAUGUUGUCAUUAUCUGUCGGUCCGUCUUCCGGCCGAAAUCACUCCUCCUCACGCAAGUUAUCCUCACCCCACUAUCUUCUCCUUGCAAUCUUCGUAUCAAGGCUUCCAGCUUCCUUUUCCCGGCUCUUCAUCGACCCCGGCGUCCUCGCGUACUUUGGAUCAACGCCCCUUGCCUAAGCCGCGUCUUCUCCAUUUGGAUCGCCCGUUGGUUGCUCUCGCCAAGGAAGAUCCCGCUAGGUACAACCUUUAUAUCGAGGGCAUCUCGUUGCUGGCAUGGAACGUCGCUUGGCUCUGCACCUCUCAAGGUCUCAAUCUCUCCAGUGCGUAUCAAGCCGUUUGUCCCAUGGGUCUCAAUCUCUACACAUUAUUCCGUGAACACACCGGUAGAGGUCCAACUCCUCAUCAAACCAGCGCGGGUCAUCCUGCUGGCACGAACCAGCUCUUUGGUCAAUUCUCUCAUGCUAGCACUCGUCAGACUCCUGGCCCAACCGAUGGAGUCGAUGUGAUGCACAAUUGGAGAGCUGCUUCUUUUACUCGUUUUCUCGACAAGAUCAAGCAGAUUCUCUUCCAAGACAUGUCGGGCGCAGAAUGGGAGAUGAUAUCUGGAGACGACUUUGAACAAGAGGAAGCGGUGCUUGUGGGCGGCUCUAGAGGUGCCCGUGCAGCCACUGCGAUCGGCUCGUCUUCAAUGAAGCGAGUCGUAGAAUCUGAGGAUGCUUUCGGAGACGAUGGCAAUAAAGGUUACCUGAAGCUCAAAAGCCGUACAGGAGGGAGCGAUCGAUCGUGA